AUGGCGAGCGAAGUGGAGAAGAAAGCGGUUUUCGAUACGGAGUCGGCGAAGGAGGUGGUGAAGGAGUUGAGAGCUAGCUUUGUUGCUGGAAAGACUAAAAGCUACGAAUGGAGGGUUGCUCAGUUGAAAGCCCUGUUGAAGAUGAUGGAAGAGAACGAGCCGCAAAUCGCCGCCGCCCUUCGCGACGAUCUUUCGAAGCCGGAACUCGAAUCCUACAUCUACGAGAUAGCGAUGUUAAAGAACUCAUGUAGAUUGGCACUCAAGGAAAUGAAGCAUUGGAUAAUGCCGGAAAAGGCAAAAACUUCGUUGACUACAUUUCCUUCAUCUGCUGAAAUUGUAUCUGAGCCUUUGGGUGUUGUGUUAGUAAUAUCAGCAUGGAAUUAUCCUUUUUUGUUGUCUCUUGAUCCAGUUGUUGGAGCUAUUGCAGCCGGUAAUGCUAUAGUCUUAAAGCCAUCAGAAAUUGCUCCAGCCACAGCAUCAUUGCUUGCAAAGCUGGUAGCCAAUUAUUUGGAUAGCUCUUGCAUAAAGGUCGUUGAAGGGGCUGUUUCUGAAACAUCAGCGCUUCUGGAGCAGAAGUGGGACAAAAUAUUUUAUACAGGCAAUGGAAGAGUUGCACGCAUUGUGAUGGCAGCUGCUGCAAAGCACCUAACACCUGUUGCUUUGGAGCUUGGAGGAAAAUCUCCAGUCAUUGUCGAUUCUGGCAUCAAUUUACAGGUAAGUAUAGUGCUUAUUUUGCCACAUGUCUGCUUUCUUUGUGACUUGCAUGCUGACAUACUUAUUUGUGUAUUUCAGGUUGCAACGAGGCGAAUUAUUGCGGGCAAGUGGGGGUGUAAUAAUGGACAAGCAUGUAUUUCUCCUGAUUACAUUAUUACAACAACAGAUUAUGCUCCAAAGUUGCUAGAUUCUUUCAAACAUGAAUUGGAGCGGUUUUAUGGAAAGAAUCCGCUGGAGUCAAAAGACUUGUCUCGCAUAGUGAAUUCAAACCACUUUGCUCGCUUGUCAAAGCUCUUGGACGAGGACAAGGUGUCUGGUAAAAUCGUCCAAGGAGGUGAAAGAGACAAAACAAACUUGAAGAUUGCUCCCACUAUCUUGCUUGAUGUCCCACUAGAUUCUCUGAUCAUGAAUGAAGAGAUAUUUGGUCCAUUGCUUCCAAUUAUCAUGGUUGACAAAGUGGAAGACAGCUUUGAUGUGAUAAAUUCUUCAGGAACAAAGCCAUUAGCAGCAUAUCUGUUUACCAAUAACAAGAAGCUGAAAGAGAAGUUUGUUGCGAAAGUCUCUGCAGGGGGUUUGGUUGUCAAUGACACUACUGUACAUGUUGCUGAACACACUUUACCAUUUGGAGGAGUCGGGGACAGCGGAAUGGGUGUGUACCAUGGGAAAUUCUCCUUUGAUGCUUUUAGCCAUAAGAAGGCUGUUCUUUAUAGAGGUUUUGCUUGUGAUGCAUUUGUGAGAUACCCACCAUACACAAGGGGAAAGCUAAGAUUGUUGCAGGCUCUUCUUGGUGGUAGUUUAUUGAGCAUAAUCCGAGCUUUGCUGGGAUGGUCUUAG